UAAUAAUCUGGUAGCAUCGUGACUCCUUUCUGUAGCAUUUAAUCUGUUUAGAAAUGUUUUUGGCGAUGGAGAGCGUGCGCGCCGCGGUCUACCUGUCCGUCUGUCUGUCCGUGCUGACAUCACUCUGUCAGGGUCAGAGGUCAGCCGACAACGAGCUGCCGCCGGCGCCGGACGAGCCGUUCAUCGGACUCACAACCAAAGAGCUGGCUGAAGCUCUGCAGGGCUUCCUGGAUGAAGCUGACAGCAGCGUCGGCCUCUCUGUGGAGAAGAAAGCCAGCGUCAUCCCGCGGUGUGACGUGGGCGAGCGCUGCGCGAUGAAACACGGGCCUCGGAUUGGUCGACUGUGCGACUGUCUGAGAGGAACGGCGUGCAACACCUUCUUCCUGCGCUGCUACUGAACACACACACACAGCUUGGACUUCUAUACCUGCGAGGACCUUCGACUAACAGCGAGCCCUGAACCUGAACCUGAAGGACCACAUGUCCUCACAGAGAUAGAAGGACACACUCACCUGUCUCACCUGGCUGUCUCUCUGCAUGUUUCUGUCUUUGUUUUACAGUUUCAGUGUCCGUCCCUCAGAUUCAUUUAUUUUUGUUAAAUAAAGAUUCUUCAUUAAGCUGC